AUAUUGAUAUAUAUUUUGGAUAAAAUUGCUUAGAUUUCUAAGAUUAUUACUUGUCAGCAUGGCUCACCUUUGUUUUUCUGUCAGUACUUUUUUUGUUGUUGUUGCAGCAGUUCUGUGCGUUCUCAGUUUACCCUCUCCCGCUGAAGAUCAGGCCUCUGAUUGGGUGACCACACGCAAAGCCCUAGUGACAAACUGCUCUUAGGUUUCCCUUUAACCAGACUGAGAGACUCAGGCCAGUUCACAUUAACUCCAGUCUGAGGAUGAGGACUUUACUGACAACUCAGGAGCAAAACAGCUACCGGGAGCUGAUUGUGAAGGAGGCGUACACACGCUUCAACUGGAAGAUGAAGUAUGGCAAAGAUCAUCCAUUCAGAUUUGCUCCACGCAAAUCCAAGACCGCAAAUCUGACGACUGCCCCCAAAGUCACUCUUCCUCCAGUAGUAAGAGCUCCAGAGAAGAAGAAGGAAGCUCCAGUGCUACAGCCUUCCAGUCAAGUUCCUCUGAUGAGACCAAUCAGUCCUCGAUCCAAAGAGAUUUUUUAUAAUGGGUUAUCAAAAGAGGGCAAAGGAUGUAGCCAGUACCUGAAAAGACGCAUGCAGAAGAUGCCUGAAGAAAGGUUUUACUACCCGCUGUUAUCUUCAUGGGAAUAUGGAUGGAGAUUAGGUGAUUAUGAAAAUGAUUACAAAUCACCAAUUAAUGGAAAAUCAGCGGUUGUCAGGAGUACUUUCUAUGCCAGGAACGGAAUUUUUAAUAUUCCCUCUGCAACCGAUCACCUUGGGUAG